CGUGACCGCCACUCAUUUCGGACCGUGGCAGACCGGAGAUUUCGCUCUCCCUACCUGCAUCCCUAAAUUUAACAUUGCACACAGGCUGUCGGUCAAAUUCCUAACCCCGAUGGAACGCCAGUAAAUCAAAGGGUAAUAAAUGGUGGAGAAAGUAAAUAAAUAUUCGCUUCGGUUAAAAAUUUGGACGGCGACAUUGCAACCAUGGUGUGCCAGACAAGUAUGCGAAAAGAAGAGUGCGCUGGGGUUGUUCUUGCGGCGGCGGUGAUCGGCGUCUUCUUAACGGUGAUGCACGAAGCCACAGCUUUUCCUACUUGGAGAUUUGAGGAAGAAGCGGACAUGUCUGGUGUUUUGAUCAUUGGAAUUCGCAAAGAUGCCCGGUCCCAUGCGCUUCACCUGUCCAGGAACAAGCGCUACACCCUGACACCGGAGAAGCUUAAAUGGGACAACUUCAAGCUGACAUACAAGCUGCUGUCGUUCCCGAGGAACCUGCUGAACGCCAGCGACACACGCAGGGGCAUCGCCAAAGCCUUCGCCAUGUGGAGCGACGUGUCGCCGUUCAGCUUCAGAGAGGUGCCUGCCGACCAGGACGCCGACAUCCAAAUCGGCUUCUACUCUGUAAACCAUACAGACUGCCUGCAGUCCUACCUGCAUCACUGCUUUGACGGCAUCACCGGUGAGCUGGCCCACGCCUUCUUCCCCACGACCGGAGAGAUCCACUUCGAUGAUGAUGAGUACUGGAUUCUGGGGAACAUGCGUUUCAGCUGGAAGAAAGGCGUAUGGCUGACUGACCUGGUGCACGUAGCAGCUCAUGAGGUUGGACAUGCACUGGGUCUGAUGCACUCCCAGAACCCCACAGCCAUAAUGCACCUCAACGCCACGCUGACAGGCCGCAAGCUAAUAACCCAAGACGACGUCUGGGGCCUACAACGGCUCUACGGAUGUCUGGAUAGGUUAUUCAUCUGUCCUGCUUGGGCUAGGAAAGGCUACUGCGAAAGCAAACGGAGACUCAUGCAGAAGCACUGUCCCUACAGCUGCGACUUCUGCUACGCAUUUCCCUUUCCCACUGUCGCGCCGACACCAAAGCCACCACGGACCAAACAAAAGCUUGUCGCCGAAGGAAAGAAACUCACCUUCCGCUGUGGGAAGAAAAUCGCUGCAAAGCGAGGCAAAGUGUACUGGUACAAAGACGAUGAGCUGCUAGAAGUUUCGCACCCGGGCUACAUCUCCCUGAAGGACGACCACCUUAGCCUUGUGGCGAACGCCAUCAACGAGGGUACGUACACCUGCAUCGUGAGGAAGAAGAACAAGGUUUUGACGAACUAUUCGUGGAAGGUGCGCGUGCGCUUCUGAGGGCCGCGGUGCGCUCUGGAGUGCACUACAGCACAGAUGCUAGUCGAGCGACGUGAGGAAACACGGGGAAGACCAGAAAGUGGCUCCACACACCCCCACACCCCAACACUGCCUUCUCUCUGCCUUCUCUCUGCCUCCGUAUACCCCUGAUCUAAUGAGCUCUGCCGUCCUGGGAACGAGUGCCGUGCGGAACAGCGGGCAGCGCUGACGAGAUGGAGAAGAGGCAGAUCCAUGAUGGAACCCAAGGCUUACGUUCACAGCAGCACCAUGGAACCUCACUCACUUGGGCACAUAGUCCACUGCAUUAAUACACAAAUCUAAUCAGAGUUCUGAUGUCAGGGUUAUUGUGUUAGCUAUGUAAAUGUGUUAUUUAGGUGCCAAAUAAAAACACAAAACAAAACUA